CCCCUGUGAUUAACCGCUUCACGAGACGAGCAUCAGUGUGUGCAGAAGCUUAUAAUCCCGAUGAAGAAGACGACGACACUGAAUCAAGGGUUAUUCACCCCAAAACAGAUGAUCAAAGAAACAGGCUACAGGAAGCUUGCAAAGAUAUUCUCCUGUUUAAGAACUUAGAUCAGGAACAGAUGUCCCAAGUUCUGGAUGCCAUGUUUGAAAAGCUAGUUGAAGGGGGAGAACACGUCAUUGAUCAAGGAGAUGAUGGCGACAACUUCUAUGUAAUUGAUCGCGGGACCUACAAUAUCGUCGUAAAAUGCGACGGCGACGGAAGAUGCGUUGGCAACUAUGACAACCGCGGGAGUUUUGGAGAAUUGGCUUUAAUGUACAACACACCCAGAGCGGCUACUAUCGUUGCUACCUCUCCUGGCGCCAUUUGGGGUUUGGACAGAGUAACAUUUCGAAGGAUCAUUGUGAAAAACAACGCGAAAAAGAGAAGAAUGUAUGAAAAUUUCAUUGAAUCAUUGCCCUUCCUUAAAUCUUUAGAACUUUCUGAACGUUUGAAAGUGGUGGACGUGAUAGGCACCAAAAUAUAUAAAGACGGGGAACAAAUAAUUGCUCAGGGAGACACGGCCGACUGUUUCUUUAUUGUGGAAACCGGAGAAGUGAAAAUUACGAUGAAAAGAAAGGGCAAACAAGACAUAGAUGGAAACGAAGCGGUGGAAAUCGCCCGCUAUACCAGAGGACAGUAUUUUGGCGAAUUGGCGCUUGUGACAAACAAACCCCGAGCGGCCUCAGCCUUUGCGCUUGGGACAGUCAAAUGCUUAAUUAUGGAUGUACAAGCUUUUGAAAGGCUUCUGGGACCUUGCAUGGAAAUUAUGAAAAGGAACAUUGCAAAUUAUGAAGAACAGCUGGUCGCUCUCUUUGGGACAAACAUGGAUAUCUCUGAGCCCACUGCAUGAAGUAUGG